CGUGACAGUCGAUGGUCAGAGAGGGUUGAGGCAAAACGAUAGUCGCAGUAACAGUUGUUUGUCGGAGCGCAAUGCCAAGUUAGCUUCAUCUCGAACAGAACAGAAGGUUCCCCUAUUUCACAUGCUUUACCUGUUUCACAAUUUUCCAUUUUUCCAAAACCCCAUUUCGUUAAUCAACACCCACUACUACUCUCAGUCUCAGCUAUCAUCCCAUCCUAUCUUUCCAACUUUAAUUUUCUGCGCGCCAACUGUUUGCUUUGGUGUCUGUAAGAAAACUUUAUUUCCCAAGAAACCCUUCUUUCUUUUCAGUUUUCAGAGAUUCAGAAAAAUAAUUGGUGGUUUCCAAAUACCGGUAAGUUGAAUUUGAGAGAUGGGAUUGGGAAGGGGUGAUUUGUCAGGCGGAGAGAGCAUGAGCACGAGCACGAGUAGUAGCGAGGCUUCCUUACCACGAAGAUUCCCACUGGCAGCACAGCCUGAGAUAAUGAGAGCCGCCGAGAAGGACGACCAGUAUGCCUCCUUCGUCUAUGAUGCCUGUCGCGAUGCUUUCCGCCACCUCUUUGGUACAAGGGUUGCUGUAGCUUAUCAGAGGGAGACAAAACUUGUGGGGCAGAUGCUUUAUUAUGUGUUAACCACUGGUUCAGGGCAACAAACAUUGGGAGAGGAAUACUGUGACAUCACUCAGGUUGCAGGACCUUAUGGAAUUCCUCCAAACCCAGCAAGACGUGCUCUUUUCAUUGUCUACCAGACAGCGGUUCCUUAUAUUGCAGAACGGAUUAGUUCUAGAGUAGUUUCCCGUGGCAUUGUCCUGGCUGAUUCACAGUCUGAUGAGCCCUACAACAACGAUGCUCCAGGAAGCAGUCAUGUUCAAUCUUCCACUGUGACUAAUCUUCCACCCUCCUCCACAUCAGGGGUGUCUGUUUCUCUGAUAAGGUUGAAAGAGAAAUUCAAUGGAUUAUGGUUGUAUGCAGUUCAGAGAUGGCCUACGGUGCUCCCUUUAGCUCGAGAAGUUUUGCAAUUGGUUCUUCGUGCUAACCUAAUGUUCUUCUACUUUGAAGGCCUCUAUUAUCAUAUAUCAAAACGUGCUGCAGGCAUUCGUUAUGUGUUCAUUGGAAAACCAUCAAAUCAAAGGCCCAGAUACCAAAUAAUAGGAGUUUUCCUACUGAUUCAGCUAUGCGUCAUUGCUGCUGAAAGAUUGCGACGUAGCAAUUUAUCCUCUAUUGCAAGUUCAGUCCACCAUACUUCCUUUGGGAGCCGUCAAAACACAGCAGGACGUGGUUUGCCUGUUUUGAAUGAGGAAGGCAAUUUGAUAUCCACAGAUAAUAAUAGAGGAAGUUGGUUGUCUGAUUCUUCAUCAACUUCGGAGUCUCAAACGACAAGUGGAAUUAGCAAAUGUACACUCUGCCUAAGUAAUCGCCAAUAUCCAACAGCCACAUCUUGUGGCCACAUAUUUUGCUGGAACUGCAUUAUGGAGUGGUGCAAUGAAAAGCCUGAGUGCCCUCUUUGUCGCAAUCCCAUAACUCAUUCAAGCCUGGUUUGCUUAUAUCAUUCAGACUUCUAGCAUGUGAUUAUGGUCUAUUGCACAGCCCUAAAGAAUGAAUAAAGAGAGGCUUCCUUUAAUAUAUAGAAAAGAAAUGGAAAAGAAAUCAAAUUGUAAAUAAUUUUUCCCCUUGGGUCAUUCAGAGGAUGGCAAGGCCAUUAUUUAUUAAUCUAUGAAUAAGGGAUUAUUGACAAUGGUGAUUUUAGUUGUAUCCUUUAUCAAGUGUCAGGUAUUUUUUUCAA